UAGAAAGAGUGGCGCUAGUGCGAUGAUAUCAAGUUGCCAUUUGUACUCCAUCUUCCUCGAUCAUUCUCACGCCUCAGAAAAACGAUUUGUUAAUAUUCGUCGAGGAUUGCAGAGACAGCGGAAUUGCUCGCAGCGACAGCACCAUGUCCAACGGUCCCCAGAUCCCGCACCCGCCCAUAUACUGGCUGACUCAAUGCUCUCGCGGCAUUUUGGAAGAGAAACGGUGAACUACUUUUCUAGUUCGCCUCUGAACCGUCUCUCAUUCUUGCGCUCUGAACAUACGUUCCUCUCAGCCGCCCUUAAGCAUCCGUCUACUCGCUUUGUUCUUUUGAAAGAUCUCGCGCCUCUCACCAAGAGUCCUUCUGAACUAUAUUACGCAAAGUAUGACGAAGUACGGAAGCUUGUGCCCGAGGACUCCUUCGACCAGUCGGAGGAGGAGAUGAUCAAGCAAUUUGACUCUCGAAAGACAAGUGCUCAGCUCAUCUUCCUGGGACUCGAUGAAACGCGGAAACAGGAUGGUCUGGCUUGGAAAAUCUACACUGGAGCUCCUUGUUUCGCUUUGGAUGUAACGCCGAAAGGUUCAGAGGAGCAGCAAGCCAACGCGAAGGAUAUCAUCAGCACUAUGGAGGCUAAGGGCCUCAGCUUCUACCAGUCGAGAGUGGUGAUGACUUUCUCGGCGGAUGAGGCUGCCAUAUAUGCGCAGGCCCGUGCGCUGAUUGACUGGAACACCCGGAAUACAUUCUGCGGCACCUGCGGUUAUCCUACGCUCUCCGUGAACUCGGGGACGAAACUGCAACACUCGCACCACGUUGUCAAAUCUUUCCUUCCCCGCACUGAUCCGACGAUCAUUGUCGCUGUCCUCUCGGCCGACGCUAAGCGGAUUCUCCUCGGCCGCUCCAAGCGCUUCCCUCCGAACUGGUACUCAACACUGGCUGGUUUUAUUGAGCCCGCAGAAUCGGUGGAGGACGCUGUUCGGAGAGAAGUGUGGGAGGAAGCUGGUGUCGCGCUUUCGCGUGUCGUAAUCCAUUCCUCUCAGCCAUGGCCGUACCCGGCCAAUCUUAUGAUCGGUGCGAUUGCUCAAGUCAGCGAUCCAGAGCAUGAGAAGAUUAGUCUGUUGCAUGACCCUGAGCUGGAGGAUGCAAAGUGGUUCGAAAUCGAGGAGGUGGAGGAAGCCUUGAAGAUUGGAACGAGUGCCUUGGGAGAGACGGCUGGUCCCGAGUACAAGGGUGGUUUGAGACUUCCUCCUCCUACCGCCAUAGCUCACCAGCUCAUAAGGGCAGCCAUCACGGGAGACUACAUCACGUCGAAAGAAUCAAAGAUGUAGUGGAUCUGGUGUCUCUUCCCAGGUUUACGAGUUCUUCACGGCCUCUUAGCAAUGCUGUAUAUAUCAGUGUUCUGUAUAGACCGUAAUACUUCCAUAGACCAUAGCAUACGAGGACAGAGCCAUAGACCGGGGGUUUUAAUGACAGAUACUUGGGAACAAAACUGGUUGAUAAUAAUACCUUACUUUCGGGCUAUGAUG